ACAGGCGAUGUUCAGUCGAUUAUUUCAGUUUGUCAUACGAGAAUCCCACGCGCGUGUCUUGAAAUUAAACGUGAAAUGAUGGGUUUUAUCGCUCCAAUACAACCUCCACAGGCUCCAGUAAGAUGGCAGAAAGAGGAUACUAUUGCCUUUGUGGAAAAGCAAGACUUGUCUAAGGGGACAUUAUACAUAGCUGAGAGUCAUGUAGCAUGGAUCAAUCCCAGCGGUCAAGGAUUCAACAUCCCUUACCGCGCCAUCACAGUUCAUGCCAUAUCCAGAGACCUGUCAUCGUUCCCCCAUGAGUGCCUCUAUCUCAUGAUCGACUCCGAUGUCAACAACAGCGACGACGGCUUUGAGGAAGAAGAGGGCAAUGAAGUCCGAGAGAUCCGUCUGGUUCCACAGGAUAAAACAAUGUUACAGAGCAUGUUUGAAGCUAUGUCGCAAUGUCAGGCAUUACAUCCAGAUCCAGAUGAGUCAGACAACUCAGAUCCUUACGACCAAGGUGAUGAGGAUGAGGAGGUAGGAGAGGAGGAAGGAGGAGAAGAGGAUCCCGAGAUUGGAAUAGAGUUGAUCGUAGCGGAUGGAGGCAAUGGUGAUGCCAUGGAUACUGGGCAGUUCGAUGAUGCAGAUAUGGGCCCAGAGCAUUGACAAUGUUCAAUUCAUUCCAUCCUAUUGAAGCUGACAUUUAAGGCUUGUUUACAAAUAUGAUGCAGGGAAACUGCUGUGCAUUUUAUUUACAUUCGGUGAAGUCGAAUGAAACAAAGCACAUGUAGCUGCGCACAACAAAAGGUGCUCACAACAGAAGGUACUCACUUUUCUAUGGGUUUAAAGAUACAAAAAUAUCAACUUGUCGUGUACCAUAGAAACAAUCUCCCAGUGACACAUUGCAUUCUCAUGGGAUGGUUAUGGCAGUGGAUUCGAGGUAAUCUAAAUGUUUCUGGUAUGAAAUUGAUCUGUACAGGGCCUUGUUUCAUAAAACUUUUUAUCAAUAACAAGUUACAAGCUGCUGAAAUCGUGGCAUUUGAUUGGCCAAGAGCAAAUUUUUCAUAGGAAUUUAGCUUUGUUAUUGAUAACAAGCUUAAUGGAACAGGACCCUGGUGUCGGACGAGUUGUCAUUUAGCAAAUGGGUAGUUAUGCAAACCUUCUUUCCAUCGACACCUAUUAAUUUGUGCAGAAUAGCAUGUGUGGUAAAUGAGCAGCUGUGCCUAUUGGCACUCGAGGCAAGGAUGCUUAACGUCAUUAUAAAAAGAGAAUCUAACGCAGUUUAUCUUGUCAUGUAUGAAGUUGUGAACGAACAGGUGCCCUCUCCAGUCUUCAAUAUAAUGAAUAUGUUUAGAGUUUAGACAAGUUAUAUGUAUUCAAGUGCGGGGAUGUUUCUUCACAGAAAAAAAAAACGAGCUGGGAAAAGGAAAAGUGUGUUGACAUCAAGUCAAU